AAACAUUUCUUCUCAUUAUUCAUUAUAAAAUAUACUAAAUAUUAAAAUUUUGCACAUAAACAAAGAAACUAAAACAAAAUGUUACGAAAUCAGCAAAAAUGUAAACCCCUAUUAAAAUAUAUGCUGCCUAAAACACAACAACCAAAAUGUUUAAUACAUCAACAAAACCAAAUACUUUACAACAAAAGUACAAAUGUUUUUCGCCAGGGAAAAAUUAUGGGUAAACUCUUUGGCAAUCGAGUGAGUGGCAGUAAGAAACGUUGGUUCCCGCCAGCCGACUCAACACAACCAGCCAAUGCCAGUGUUAUGUUCAAGCAGUCACCAUUUGGUAAAACACCCAAUGGCGGUGGCAAAAAUGCCACACGACGCAUGACAGUGCUCAAUAAAUUGUUUAUGACACAUGUAACAGAUCUUAUGGCCACCGGGGAAAUCUCCGAGACAAUCUUGGGCAAAGGUUUGCAGGUGUCCAGAGUGAAAAUAUCACAAGAUUUUGCCUAUGUUAAUGUAUUUUGGCUGUCGACUGGUGAGCCGGGAAAAGAUGCAUUGCUGGAACAUGAAUUACAGCGAUGUGCGGGUUUGCUGAGACAUGAACUAUCACAGCUGGGCUUGAUGGGUGUGGUGCCGCGCAUUAAAUUCGUUAAAGAUAGACUUUAUACCAAUAUGAAUCAGGUAGAGGCUUUGUUAAAGAAUAUGGAUUUUGGUUCAGAAGAGGAGGAGCAGGAUAAUCACAAAGAAGAUAUUGAUUUUGUAAAUAAACAUGCAGCGGAAACAUUAAAGCAUGAGUUUUAUGGUCGCAAAGCAGCAGCGAUGGAACCAAAUGCCCAAGUUAAAGAAGAAAACAAAGAAGAUAUUGCAUGUUCUGCAGUAAUUGAUGUAAAUGUACCUGAAAUGAGACAUGAUGUUUUGGGCCUAGACCACAAAAGUAUUAUGCUUAAGAUUCUAACCAAAAUGCGUAAAUCUAAACAAGCCUGGGAUCAGCAUCUACAAAAUCAAAACUCAGAGUCUGACAGUACAAAUUCUAUAGAAAAUACCUCUACUAUACCCUCCACCUCGUUUGUGCAAUUAAACAAAGUAAAUGAUAAGUUAGCUAAGGCUGCUGCCGAAUCGGAAAAAUUUGAGGCAUUUCUGGCCAAACGCAAAGAGCGUCGCAACACUCCCGAACGCAAAAAGUUUAGAGAGUCCGAUCAUCUUAUUGAGGAUAUGAAUGCAGCAGAUCAUGCAGAUUUUACCGAGUUUGUUAUGAACUCGAGACAGAGACAACUUUUUGAGGCCGAAGACUAUUUGCCAGAUGAUGUGGAGGAUAGAAAACAUAAGUAGUUAGAUUAUUAAUUAGACAAUUAAGUUGAAAUGUUACACUUGCUGUAUUGUUAUUAAAAUUUUAAUAAAUUUGUUAAAAAUAAAGAGUUAAUUGAAUAAAUAUUUAAA